CUCACACCGCUGAGAGCUGCCGAGCCGCGAGCCCGUGAAAAGCGCGACGCCCGCCCAGUCCCCGAGCCGGGUCCCGAGUCCCCGCGUCCCGGAUCCGCCGCUAUGUCCAGCGAGGAGUUGGCGCGCAAGCUGCAGCGGAGACUGCAGCGCGGGGAAGCUCAGGAGGGCUGCCCGGAGCCCGCAUCCCUCGCCGCCGCAGCCCCGGAGCCCGAGCCCGGGACGCCCGCUGCCAGCGCCGACGCCGAGCUGACGGCGCGGCCCCGCCGCUGCAAGGUCUUCAACCCCUACACCGAGUUCCCGGAGUUCAGCCGCCGCCUCAUCAAGGACCUGGAGAGCAAGUUCAAACAGUAUGACGCCGGACGGGACGGCUUCAUCGACCUGAUGGAGCUGAAGCUGAUGAUGGAGAAGCUGGGGGCCCCCCAGACCCACCUGGGCCUGAAAAGCAUGAUCAAGGAAGUGGACGAGGACUUUGACGGCAAGCUCAGCUUCCGUGAGUUCCUGCUCAUCUUCCACAAGGCUGCCGCAGGCGAGCUGCAGGAGGAAAGUGGGCUGAUGGCCCUGGCCAAGCUGUCUGAGAUCGAUGUUGCCCUGGAGGGCGUCAAAGGUGCCAAGAACUUCUUUGAAGCCAAGGUCCAAGCCUUGGCCUCUGCCAGUAAGUUUGAAGCUGAGCUGAAAGCUGAGCAAGAUGAGCGGAAGCGGGAGGAGGAGAAGAGGAGGAUCCGCCAGGCAGCCUUCCGGGAGCUCAAGGCCACUUUUAGCACAUAGUCGGGUGACCUUGACCUCUGUCUACAGCUGUGCCUCACAGGUGCCCCUGGGAGAGCUGGGCAGGCAUCCACACCCCCAACUGAUUCCUCACCCCAACCGGCCUCCACACCCCGUCAAGCAAACGCUGUAGCCUCAGGGCAGCAGGGAGCGUCCUCACCCCCAGGUGAGAGAGACCAGCUGUUCCUUGCCUCUCUUUUCCUCCCACCAUUCUCUGCCCUUUCCUGUAGCCAGAAUGUGCCUCUGGCCACCUGUGACUUUUCCUUGUUCCUUUUACUCUUCCACAUCAAAUAGUGGAAACAAAUUGUACAGGCACUUCUUCCCCUUGGUGGUCCUUAGAGGAGAUGACCCUUGGGGGCUGUGAUGUUCAUGUUGCCCAUUUUCGUGGGUAAUUCUCUGCCCCACUCUCCUCCCCUUUGUUUCCCAUCGGCUACCCUGUUCUCAUUCUUAGCCCGAGCCUGCCAGUGGCCUUUGCAUCUUCGCUUGUCUUUUGAUGGUGGUGAAGUUUGAGGCAGGUCAAGCUGGACCAUUGCCUGUCCCCUCUCCAACAGGGGGCGUGGGAUGCUGCCAAGGUGACACAAAAUAGUGAAAAGAUAAGUUCUGUUCCUCCCAUCACGGUUCUCCUGUCCCCUAGCAUUUCCCCCAGACCCACCUUCAUUCAUGUCUCCCCAUUCCAGCCUUUUUUCUCCACUCUUAAAUACUGUGCUACAUACCUAUAAUAAUAAAAGAAUAAUUUAGAAGUUCUAUUAAUGAGUAGAAUUCCUGCUAACUCUGACUCUAUGCAAAUUAUAUUACAGUAGACCCCUGACAUUCACAAGUGACAAAUCUAGAGUCUUGCGAAAUCCCAAAGGUCAUGUCCACCCUCAUCAUGUAGAAAGUUUCCGACAUCUGCUCCAAGGUGGUGAAGCUGUUCUAAACCUCCAGCACACGUUUUUAUAUCUUGUGAGUUCUUGGGAUUGUGUACAAAUGCCAGGGGUUUGUUGUAUUUUUAAAAAAUAAUUCCUAAUGUCAUAUUUAUUCCCUUUUGUAACUGCUGUCUUUACAAUAAAGAAAGCAUCUGCAUUUCUA